AUGGAGCACAUCCGUACGACCAAGGUUGAGCAAGUGAAAGUACUUGACCGAUUCAGCACCAGCAACAAGUCGUUAACAGGAACAUUAUAUCUUACGGCCACACAUCUAUUAUUUAUAGAUGAUCAUCAAAAAGAAACUUGGAUACUGCACCACCAUAUUGCCUCUGUAGAGAAACUUGCACUGACUACUUCUGGAUGCCCACUUGUGAUUCAGUGCAAGAACUUCAGGAUCGUGCAUUUCAUUGUUCCCAGAGAAAGGGAUUGCCAUGAUAUUUACAACUCUUUGCUCCAGCUGUCAAAACAAGCAAAAUACGAAGAUCUGUAUGCAUUUUCUUACAACCCUAAGCAAAAUGAUUCAGAACGCCUGCGAGGUUGGCAACUCAUUGAACUUGCUGAAGAAUAUAAGAGGAUGGGAGUGCCAAAUUCACAUUGGCAGUUGUCUGAUGCAAACCGAGAAUACAAGAUUUGUGAAACUUAUCCCAGAGAACUUUAUGUUCCUCAAAUAGCAAGCAAACCAAUCAUUGUUGGGAGUUCCAAGUUCCGGAGCAAGGGCAGAUUUCCCGUGCUUUCAUACUACCAUCAAGAAAAGGAGGCUGCCAUUUGUCGAUGUAGCCAACCACUGUCUGGAUUCAGUGCCCGGUGCCUGGAGGAUGAGCAUUUGCUUCAAGCCAUCAGUAAAGCCAAUCCUGUCAACCGCUAUAUGUAUGUCAUGGACACCAGGCCCAAACUGAAUGCUAUGGCCAACAGAGCUGCUGGCAAAGGCUAUGAAAAUGAAGACAAUUAUUCUAACAUUAGAUUUCAGUUUGUCGGGAUUGAAAAUAUUCAUGUCAUGAGGUCCAGCCUUCAGAAAUUACUGGAAGUCAAUGGUACCAAAGGGCUGUCUGUCUGUGAUUUCUACUCUGGUAUGGAGAGCUCCGGAUGGCUUCGCCACAUCAAAGCCGUUAUGGAUGCUGCAAUCUUCUUAGCCAGAGCAAUAAUGGUUGAAAAUGCAAGUGUGUUGGUCCAUUGUUCUGAUGGCUGGGAUAGGACUUCCCAGGUCUGUUCCCUUGGCUCUCUCUUACUGGAUUCCUACUACAGGACAAUCAAAGGAUUCAUGGUCUUGAUAGAAAAAGACUGGAUCUCCUUUGGACAUAAGUUUUCAGAGAGGUGUGGCCAUCUGGAUGGUGACCCAAAAGAAGUCUCACCAGUGUUCAUUCAGUUUUUGGAAUGUGUGUGGCAUUUGACCGAGCAGUUUCCACAAGCCUUUGAAUUCAAUGAAGCGUUUCUUCUUCAGAUCCAUGAACAUAUUCAUUCAUGCCAGUUUGGAAACUUCCUUGGAAAUUGUCAGAAGGAAAGAGAGGAACUCAAGUUGAAGGAGAAGACGUACUCCCUGUGGCCAUUUCUUUUGGAUGACCAAACAAAGUACAUCAAUCCUCUCUACGAUUCCACAUCUCAGAAGUUUACAGUCUUGGAGCCAAGUACCAUCUCUUUCAAUUUUAAGUUUUGGAGAAGCAUGUACCACCAAUUUGAUCGAACAUUGCAUCCUAGGCAAUCUGUGUUUAACAUAGUUAUGAAUAUGAAUGAGCAGAAUAAGCAAUUAGAAAAAGAGAUUAAAGACCUGGAAUCUAAGAUUAAGCGGCACAAAAAUAAACAAACAGAUGGUAUCCUCACCAAGGAAUUGUUACAUUCAGUUUGUCCCGAAUCGCCUAGCCUCAAAACGUCCUUGUGCUUUAAGGAACAGACUCUCCUGCCUGUGAGUGAUGCUCUUCGAACAAUAGAGGGCAGCAACUCCGCGGACAAUCGGUACAGCGACUACUCAGAGACCUUCUCCAAGGCGGAGCCAGGCGUUGUCAGCCUCGAGUUUGGCGUGGCGAGGAUGACUUGCUAG